CGCCUUGGUUAAAAAUUAUUUUUAAAAGCUGAAUACAAGCUUGCUUUUUAGCAUGGUAUAAGAAAUGACUGGAUCUUCAUUUAUUCACUCCUCAGAGGAAAACAGAAACAGCAUUCUCAGACACGAGGAGGGAUGAGCGGAGCAGGGAAGGUGGUGUGUGUCACCAGAGCAUCGGGUUUCAUAGCGUCGUGGCUGGUAAAGCUCCUGCUCGAAUGUGGGUAUACCGUUAAAGCCACCGUUUGUGACCCAAAUGAUCCGAAGAAAACAGGACACUUAUUUGCACUUGAGGGAGGGAAGGAAAGACUUCAUCUACUCAAAGCAGAGUUAUUGGAUGAAGGAAGUUUUGAUUAUGUAGUGGAUGGGUGUGAAGCAGUUUUUCACACGGCAUCCCCUGUGUGUCUUUCAGUUGCUGAUCCCAAGGCAGACUUAAUCGAUCCUGCGCUCAAGGGAACUCUUAAUGUUCUUAAAUCAUGCGCGAAAGUUCCUUCCAUCAAGAAGGUAGUUCUGACUUCUUCAAUGGCUGCAGUUACAUACAAUGGAAAAUCAUUGAUUCCAGACGUUGUGGUUGAUGAGACUUGGUUUUCAGAUGCAGCUUUUUGUGAGAACUCCAAGCUUUGGUAUAUGCUAUCCAAAACAUUAGCUGAGGAGGCAGCUUGGAAGUUCGCAAAAGAGAAUGGGAUUGAUUUGGUUACAAUAAACCCAGGAUUUGUCAUUGGUCCUAUUUUGCAGCCAACCCCCAAUGCCAGCAUUGAGGUGAUGUUGAAGCUCACAACAGCUGAACCAUUGCGACCUUCUGUUAGAUAUGUUGACGUUCGAGAUGUUGAAUAAUUUGUAAGUGUUUAAGAUCUCACAUCAAGUAAGUGUUUAAUUUGUAAGUGUUUAAGAUCUCACAUCAAGAAAAUGUAUAAUUUGUAAAUGUUUAAGAUCUCACAUCAAGAAAAUGUAUGGGAACUUAAAGAAGUUUAUAAAAGCUUAUUCUUCAU